AUGUCGGCGUUUGUAGAUAUCUUGGGUUUCAAUCCUGUGAAUCCAGGCCUCUCCAAGCCGGUUCACCAGACUUGUCCCUACGCUGCCUCGCUCGCCGCUUCCGCUCCCCCUUCCGCCUCAUCAAUUUUUUCGCUUGAUGCUGUCUCCUCCCAACCUUCCAUCGUCUCUUCUUCGACUACCGCAGAUGUUACCUGGAAAAAUGAGGGGAACGCUGAUGCGCAGCACAAGAAGGCGGCUAUAAAGUCUUGCUUUGGAAAGGGUGCUGAGACGAGACACCACCCGAGACGGACUCUUGCUACCCGUCCUCCUCCUACCUUGAUUCGCCAGUGUGAGAGGAAAACCAACUUCGUCGAUAGCCUUGUCGACUCUGCAUCGCAGAUAGUUGAGAUUAUAUGGCCUCUAUCUGUGGCUGCGGCGCCGAGAAGCGUCGAGUCGACUCUCGGGUGCAAGGGCGUCCUGCCGCUAAGGACGUUCAUCCAGGAAACUCUCCGCAGGUCCCGAACCAGCUACUCGACUCUGCAGGUUGCCCUAUACUAUCUGAUCCUCAUCAAGCCGCAUGUGCCCUCCAUCGACUUCACCAUGGAACAGCCAAAACUGCAGCAGUCUCAGUCCCGCGCCAUGCAAUGUGGCCGGCGCAUGUUCCUGUCUGCUCUCAUCCUUGCUUCAAAGUACUUGCAAGACAGAAACUACUCCGCCCGUGCCUGGAGCAAGAUCUCCGGCCUUAACACCGCCGAGAUCAACCAAAACGAACUCAUGUUUCUCCAGGCUGUUGACUGGCGUCUGCACAUAUCGGAUGCCGUCUUCCAGCGCUGGAAUGAUAUCGUUCUAAAGUACACACCAAACGCCAGCGGCCUCCCCAGUGCUGAUGGGAUGUGCUGGCGAACGGUCAUCCCUAUUCUCACACCGGAACUCGACACACUCGACUCUCGAGCAGAGGGCCCGUGGUCAUUGUCGACCGUCGGUUCCCCUGCCGAUUCUUCCUCCGCUUCUUCUGCUUCCUCUUCAUCCUCUUCACCUUCAUCUACGUCCACCGCUCCGAGCAGUCCCACUAGCUGCGACAGCCCUUCGUCGGGACUUCCAUUUGCUGAGAUGCCCCGAAGACCGUCGGCAGCCGACUUGUCGGGUGUUACUCUUCCACCACUUCCAAGGCUGGGACUUCUUCCUACUCCGCAACUCACUCCGCAAGUCGGUAUGACCGCACCUGCUCCUGCUGCGAGCAUCAGUGCGUGUCGUCCGUCCAUCUGCUCUGCUCUCUCGCAGGCGCAGACGGCCUUUGUACAACGGACCACCUUGGACCAACGUCCCACGCAACCCUUGUAUAUUAGCAAAAAAACUUCCUUUGACUGUUCAUCAUCAGGAUCGUUCCAGGGACGCCGCUCGUCUCUGGCUCGUUCCUCGUCAUUCACUUCGUCGCCCGAGUCCAUGGCCUCCGACGCACCAUCCUUAUCGUUUUCUUCUCAGUCUUCGCGCUCUUCUCGAUCUUCGUCAAUUUCUUCUGUCACUUCCAUGAACUGCGCAACCAGACCAACCCGACGUAACACCCCCACAUCACAACCAACCAACUGUUUGAAAGAAAACAGAAAGCCCCUCGCUAUUGCAACUCCGAUCGACGAGCAUGAGCCAAGCUAUAUCAGCAACUACCCUUCCCCACCUCUCCGCACUAGCAGCGCCUUCAGCACUGCUUCUAGCACUGUUCCAGACCUCUCAAAUUUCUCCAUCAAUACUCCAUCUGAUCCCGACACCGCUGCCAUCCAGGGCCUGUACGAAUUAGCAACCGGCCUUGCCCUGCCGAUGGACUCCUCUCUAAGCAAGGCAAGCCGACACUGUCGAAAACGCACUCGCGCCCCAUCCACCUCCGAAGGGACCAACCUGCAGCAGAAAGUGCGCCAUCUCAUGGCCCUUGAUGCGCGGGACCUCGAGGAUGAAGGCACUUCUCUGACUGUUUUGAGCGACAGUCAGGUUGCCGACUCGUUCUUGGUCAACAAGGUUGCUGGUAUGGGUGACAGCAGGGCGAGUUCGAAGCGGACUUGUUCUGGCAAGGAGAACGUUAGGACUUUAUGGGGUAUUUAA